AUGGAGGACAAUCUAGACAUACCGGAGGAGUCUAUGCGACACAUCGAGGCCCUGCUGGCGAGGCAUCCUCCACAUCUAAUUCAGAGAAUGUUCUCACAAGCGAUAGACUCGCGCCGCAACUCCACAGCCUCGUCAUUCAUGUCCACCAGCACCGCUAGUUCAACUACGACAUCUUCGUCUGGGUCAUCAUGGCGGUCUCGACUUUCUAUGGCAUCAACCUUCUCGUCGUCCACGGGCAGCAGUGACACACGAGGUUCCGUCGCUUCCUCAUCGUCGUCGCGUUCCAGGAGACGAGCGGAACCACGCUCCUACCCAGCUGGUCUUGACCCGACGCGUCCGGUGCCCGCUACCAUGCCUCAUGUGGACACUGAGAGCCCGCUUGACCUCAAGAUCGAGCCAAGCUAUACACCGGCAGAUGAUAUUAGUGUUGCUUCUCCAUCAUUAAUCCCGGAUGAUGACAAGUCUCAGAGUCAGUCUGGUGAGCCGUUCAUGUUCUGUACCUAUUGCGCCGAACAGAAGAGCCAGAAGACUUUCAAAGCAAAGUCUGACUGGAAGAAACAUGAGAUGAGGAUGCAUGAGACUGGAGAGGAUUGGCCAUGUGUCGUCAACGGUUGCAACCGGAUUUUCGACCGGCAAAAGGAUUUCAUCAAGCAUCACCAACGCUAUCAUGCUGGUCGGCCUCUGCCUUCGUUGACGGAUAUUGGUAUUACCCUACUGCCGAGAAGAGUGUUUGGUUGUGGGUUUGACAAGUGUAAAGAGGUUAGUAUCGGAUGGGAUGAGCGAUGUGACCACGUCGCGAAGCACAUGAAGAAUGGCGCAACAAUGGACCAAUGGAAAUAUUCCAACGUCAUCCGGAACCUAAUACGACAAGAGGCUCUCCACGACACCUGGAAAGAGCUUAUAGGUUGCUUGGAUGAAAGACUGCGAGAGAGUCGGUCGCAGAUAAGUUGGUGUCCCGACAACUCGAGGAUCCUUCGACAGAAGCUUCAGUGUUGCGAUCUUCGACCAAGCCGAGAAGAUGUCUUAAUUACCGCCUUGAGUCUUCGCGCUGACAUACCGCUGGACCCUGUGCACCAGCAAUUACCUCUAGGUUUCGUGACCCCCUCAAGGGAUUCCGUGCCCCAUGUCGAGAAACUAUCACGCGAGCAGCGCAUGCACAUUCUUAUUGGAAACUCCAAUCCGCAGCACUCACGAGCGCGGCUUGCGAGCAUCAACGCAGCGUUACUGCGCAUCAGUAGUUCUCUAGCGCACGUACCUGACUACGAUUGCGGCUCGUCGCCAUUUGUGGAGCCGCAAACACCCGCGGUGGAUACAACUAACCGCCGUAUUAGCUACAUGGACGUGGACCCUGGGGAUUACCUUGACGUAGCGCAACCGGCUAUACCUGAUCUCCCACCGGUUAUGACUACAUCCACGAUGCAUGCACCUCACGUCCACACUCCAAUCAUGGACCACGAGCAGCACACCCACAUGUAUCACGACGAAUACAUGGAUCAAGUCAAGGCUCCACCCAAUCCAUUAGAAACACUGUACCCCAACUAUUUCGGUGCUGCUCCUCAAUUCGAAGAGUCGCAAUACUACGACCGUCCUUCAUUCGGUCAGAUGAUCUCGAAGCCGCUUCAUAAAAUAGGCAACCGACUCAGCAGCUCCAGAAGCAAUACUCAUCCGAGACCAUCGUCGCAAAUGAGUCAAGGACCAUCAGAGAUGCAUCCCGACUAUGCCAAACUUUCGUCUGACGACAUCAACAACAAGUUCCGUGCGAAGACAUCUGUUGAAGACUUCGACAACCGCGCCGACCUAAUCAAGCACAGACGAGCGAAGCGUCGUUUGUAA